CCUCGAGAGACUUGCCAACGAAAGCAAGCUGCUGGAAAAGGCCUACGGUCACUUCUUUGACCUGAAGAUUGUCAACAAUGACAUUGACGAAACCAUUCAGACCUUAGAGAAAGCCAUUCAAGAAAUUUGUUCCACACCCCAGUGGGUCCCGGUCAGCUGGGUCUAUUAAUGUGCGGGUCUGUCGUAGAAUAUGUGUAUGUGUGCGGGAAUGCAGGCCCCAGAUCUUCCGAAUACAACAACAACAAAAAAAAAUUAUUUUACAGUGUG